AUGCACCCCCCCAUGAAUGUCGUCGGCAACCCACGGCAGAGGUCAACGACGGAGACUAGCGAAUCGGGGUAUCGUCGUCGACGUAUCAGACCCUCACGGGCACGUGGAUUGAGAACCAGGACGGGAUGGGAGAGACGCGUGAAAUGCGACGAUGGUAAACCCACAUGCUUACGUUGCUCGAAGUCCGACCGGAUCUGUCGAUAUGCCCAGAAUCUUACUCAAGACGUCGAUCAACGGCAUACCGCCAGAGUCGAGAAUGAUAGAGAGUCCACUAGGGCGCAACCAGAUUCUAGGGAGAACAGGCCUGAGAACAUAGCCUCCAUUAGUGAUGGCAGGGCCAACAAUAUACAUGGCCCCCAAGGGGAAUUGCAAAGUCCUUCCACACAACAGGGAAAUAUUGGAAUAGCACCGCCCCCCCCAGAUGUCGCGCCCUUGCACCGAAGCGACGUGACUGGACCAACGCGGAAUAACCACCUUGAGCCCCAUGGGCAGAGGCUGGCCAGCUUUGACUCUGCAUUCCCAGAAUCGCCACUAUCGCUGAGCCAGGUAUCCCUGGUCAAUAUCUCUGCCCUUGAAUGGUACGAUUUAUUGGCACGCGAUGCCAUCAGCGACAUCCAACGGCAGAAUGAUACCUCGAAUGGAGAUCCCCACUGGAAGUCGUUUGAGAUUGCCCUUUAUCGCAAACAGUCAGUAGCCCCAGAAUAUGUUAAUUCUCGGCCUGAGCAAGCUGGGAGUCACUACGAGCAGCAGCAGCAGCAGCAGCAGCAGCAACAACAAACCGCUUUGAACGAUUGCGAAAACCGAACUGACGGAUCUGCCUCCGAUUAUCAUCCAUUAUCUACAAUUUGGAACACAACAACUACGAUAGAACUAUCACAAAUUGACCUCUCAUUCUUCCGAUAUUACAUCCAAGUUGUUGGGCCAAUCCUGGACCUAUUUGAUCCCGCUCGGCAUUUUACCAACGUCGUUCCCCACCUCGCACUACGAAACAAAGGACUCUUAAAAUCAAUCCUUGCAGUUGGCGCGAAGCAUAUGUCACUUUCUUCUUCAAAAGCGCCAGAUGGGGGUUCAUCAGGCAACGAUUCCGAACCAAAUGAGAAUGCUCCCACACCACAAACAGCAACCGGUUUAUCGCCGGACUCUGAGACUGCUCCGUCACACAUGGCCACACAAUACUAUUACGAAACGCUUCACUAUCUUUCACAAACACUGCUUUAUCCCGCGUAUGCCGACUCGCACGAGAUUUUAGCAACAGCUACUAUGAUCAGCACGUACGAGAUGUUCGACUGCGACAGCGUCCCGAACAGUGGCGUAUGGGAACAGCACCUGAGGGGCUCUUUCUGGAUUCAGCGGUCUCAGGACAAUGAUGGCGAGUCUGUUGACGGUUUGAGGCAGGCUGUUUGGUGGGCCUGGCUUCGACAGGAUAUUUGGGCGGCUUUUCAAGCAGGACGACCGACUAUCACGUUCUGGCGUGCUCGAAAGCCUCUUGAGACCCUGAAUUCGGAUGAACUGGCGACACGAAUUGUCUACCUGUGUGGAAAGUGCGUGAAAUAUGCUGCCUCUGAUAAAGUAGUCCCGAAUCAAGAUCCAAGGGAUAGAAUCGAGCAAGGUGACCGACUUCUCAGCGCACUCGCUGAUUGGUAUCGUAUCCUCCCUGUUUCAUACCAGCCAGUCACAGUCGCUACAAACGCGACGUCGGAUGUUUUGUUCCCACCCAUCUGGAUCCACCCGACGAACCAUGCAGGGGCGAUGCAAAUGUACCAUCUCGCGAGAACGGCCGUGUUGCUGAAUCAACCGACGCUUGGGGGACUGGGCAUAUACAUGCAGCGUGAAAAACAACUUACCGAAAGUGUUAAGAUGGUCUGCGGGAUAGCAAACUCCUGUCAGGAAAAUGAACCCGCAAUGGCGUUUGUCAACGCGCAGGCAUUGUUCGCAGGUCAGUCUUUCCCUUAUUUCAUUGUUGUCUUUACUAAUGGAUCCCAAGUUGGCCAAUUUGUUCGCCUACCCGAGAUGCGCGAAGAACUGCUCCGUGUUCUAGAUCAUAUGCUAAGAAUCAGCGGAUUCCUUUCCAAGGGCCUUCUACUAGCCCGACUCAAAAGGUGUUGGGAGGAAUGA